AUGGCGGGGAUGGAGCCCCGCAAAACCCCUCCGGAGUACUUCCUGGAGAUCUUCGCCGACACAACCCACGUACGAGAUGUCCUAAAGGGUGUCCUCAACCUCAUCUUCUUCCAUCGCUACUUCCCCUCCAUCCGGCCGGUCACCUUUGACGUACUCGACUUUACCCUCCCCGCAAUCAACGACGCCGAUCUCGAGACGCUGAUUGAGUCGCGCGUAUCCGCGCUCGUCCGCCAGCACCUCUCUGCUGCCGGUGGCCAAGAUGGUCCGACGGCUGGUGGGGGUGGGGGCGUGCGAGGCCGGAUCGCGGUUGAGUUCUAUGAGAAGAAACGACGUCGCCCUGGCCACUGGUUCGGUGGGCUAACCGGGAAGGGCGAGGAAGAGGUUUGCUGGGAGAUUUGGACGCUGGAUGUUACUAUUGCGACGCCGCGCACGGAAUCUGAGCGCGCUAAAGUGCGCAAGGCGAUGGGCAAUAUGCUGCAGAAGGCAGCGUUAAAGAUCCUCGCUGUGGUUAACCGUGACAAAGAUCAUAUCCCGCCUAUCACUACCAGUGACUCAAACCCGUUCCCUUACCGCAUUGUUGUCAACCCUCGUGCUGAUGGUUGGGGAAAUCGGAUGGGGCUUUACUGA